AUGAGUCGAAGAAAUUCGGCUUCCCGUUGUUUUCCGUUAGAGCAGGAGAUUUACCCCCAACAGCAACAUCAUUACCAGGACAUGACAGGAUCUGUGACGCCGGCGUACGACCAUUCGAUAGACCACCAGGUGGCACCUAUGCGUGCCAGCAGUAGGCCUCACCAAAGUGUUGGUGAGCGCAGGUCGAUUGGUGAACGACCGGGUGGGUGCAGCAGAAGGGGCAGUGCGGUGAGUGGCAUGCAUGUCGGUCCAGAUACCUUUAGUCACAACCAGGGGCCCAAUUAUGCGUCCGGCGCAACCACUAGAGUGCCAUCGCUUGCAACUAACGGGGAGUUUGUGGAGGCAGAGCCCCUGAGAUAUGACAAAAAACACAUGAUCAAUCAACCUUCGCAACCUGGAAAUACGUCGCUUGAUGGUGGCGUACGGAAGACGGCAGCAUCACGACGUGGGUCGAAAGCUGAUCCUAAGCAGGCUUCAAUGUCACAGCCCUUCCUUCGCACAUCCUCGAAGCAAUGCUACCAGGAUGUGACGUCGCUGGAUCCUUCCGGCAGGCGGCAAGAUGCAGACGAGACACUGAUGAGGCGCGACGAUUCUCUUACAGCUUUGUACGGCACGAAGGGUCGUGGCGAGGUAGGGCGACUGCGGGAGAGGCGUGGCGGUGAGGAGGGCCUCAUUGUGGCGGUUCACAACCACUCCUCCAUCGAUGAAUGUUUCAAAAACUCGGGACCUGACGGCGGUAACGGUUGUGAUCGCGCGCUCUCCAAGCCAGUCUCGCGACGAGGUAGCGCCGAUAUGAGCCGACAAGGAAGUAGGCCGGAACGUGUUGCGGUGAGCAGUAACUCCACGGGUGGCAGGAGGGAUGGUCUCGCGACCGGUGUCAGCGGCAACGGCUUCUCUAGCUUUCCGGUGAACAGUAGCUUGUCACCUACCGCCAGGCUCAGUGAUCGCAUGGCCGCUGAUAAUGCCGCUAACGUCAGCAGCAGUAGCCUCGGCCGCAGGGAAGGUGGGAAAAACCGCUCAAACCCGACAACUUUUCCCUCCGAUGUACACGCGGAAAACCUCCACACGAUCAUUUACUAUCUGAAGAACCAUUACGCGUUGGAUGCACAAGAAUCGCGAAAGGGGCUCGAAACGAUGACGCCGGAGGAUGUGCUUGGCCUCGUGCAGUGCUUCUAUGUGGACAUGUACCGUACCGUUCGUGACUAUAGAGACUCUGUUGGUAUUGGUCGUGCGGGUUUCAAGGAUGAGGACCCUGUUGUUGCCUGUGUUGUGGAGCCGGAAGACUUCCCGAUCCUAACGAAGGGAACCCCUCGUCACAGUGUAGACAGAAGGGAUGUACACGGAGGUGACGCAUGCGAUGUAUCACCUCACCAUCGUUCCGGGGAGAGGGGCUUGGAGGGGGCGAGAGCAUGGCGGGCAGUUCCCGUAAAUUCAAGCCAGUUUGGGGGUCCUCUGCCCCAAUCGCAACAACCCUGUGCGCUGUCACGGCAGCGCCUCAGAGCCCACUCACGCGCCCUUGGCCAGCGAGAUCUUAGUGCCGCCGGGUUACGUGCAGGACGUAGCGCUUCCCGAUCCGCUGCCUCAAGGCAGCGUGCGUUGUCAUGUCGGUCUGCUGCGGCUUGCGCAAAUACGUCCAUGGAAACCACUCCUGAAGCCGUUAAUCGGCAGCGUGGCGGUGUGUCCGGUAGGGCUGUGGGAUGUCCGCUGCAUGGUCUCGUCCCAAUGCUGCGCCGCGGCAAUAACAUCUGCAAGCACGUGACGGGUGGCCGGCCGCAUCUGCGUUACUUCCGUGUGGAGAUGUUGCCCGCUAAACGCGGCGGUGCGUCACCAACCCCACAUCUCAUCUGGGGCCCGUCCCCCACCUCCCUUACUAGCGCUUCACUUAAGGGUUGCAAGAAUGCACUUAGUCUACACACACUUUUUUGUGCGUCUCCUCUGUGUGAGGGCACUCUCGAACAGUUUUCGCGUUUCUUCAAGCGAGACAAGCGGGGUGUCGUUCAAGACCACAACGGAAGUGCGGUUCCAAACGAGAUGUGUGCGGUUUUGAGGUUCAAUGAGCGUGACUUGGCGCUUACAUUCCUUACCGAAGAGGACAGGGAUCUAUGGAUGCGCGCCAUGUCGUUCAUUGUGGAGCGGAACAAGCUGCAGCCCACAGGGCCUUCAUCGUAA